ACUUGACUUUAAACCAGCUCAGUACUUCAGCUCCUGUCUGGAGCCACUGCCACCAUGGACAAAUCUAUCUGCAGAUUAUUACUGCUAUUAUCCCUGCUAUCUAUUCAAACUCUGUGUGUGUACGGUGAGGGUUUGGAUUUAUCGCCCAUCCAACUUGCUCCCAUCCCCUGUAAUGACAAAGCAGUGGAGAAGCUGUCUCGUCUGGCUGUCACUUACAUCAAUGAGGAUCGCACUGACGGCUACAAGUUUGCCCUCAACCGCAUUGCAAAUGUCCACCUGCAUGCUCAGGGCCCAGCGGGCAAUGUCUAUUACCUGGACCUGGAUGUCCUGGAGACCAAGUGUCACAUAGGCAGCCCAAAACCAUGGAAACGCUGUGACGUCCGACCAUUCAUGGACACACAAAUCUCUGGAAACUGCAAUACCACCAUUCUGCACACACCAGAGGGAUACUCCUAUCUGUACAGCUACGACUGCACUCUGGUCCCAGAUGCCCCAGAGAAGCUCCAGCAGACCUGUCCCACCUGCCCCCUCCUGCUGCCUGCAGAUAGCCCACAGGCUGUGGACGCUGCCCGGGCCACUCUGGACUCCUAUAAGAGACAGUCCACAGUGGGAGCAGGGCUGGGAGUGAAGAAGAUCACCCGAGCUUCAGCACAGGUUGUGCCAGUGAAAGCCAGCUUUGUGGAGUACAUAGUCCAAGAGUGUUCAGAGGGAGUGACAGAAAGAGGCACCUGCCAGCGACUAACAGUGGAGUCUGACACAGAGACUGCAGGUUUCUGCGCAGGAUCUGUGCACGGAGACAUGGGCGUCCACCCUGAUGUUCAGGUGUCCUGUGAGAUGUUUAAAAUAAAGAAUGUCGAUAUCCUUAGACCAGUGCAGCCUCAAGGUCACGACAUCCCCCAAGACCCUGAGAUCCCGACCUUCCCUCCUCUGAUCGAAGAUCCAACAUAUGAUCCACUGCCUAUUCCCUCUGACCCCACACUGCCCCCUGCUGUUCAACCAGAACCCUUUGACCCCACACCCAUUCUCCCUGUGCCCUUUGACCCUGUGCCCUUUGACCCUGUGCCCUAUGACCCUCCUGUUGCCAACCCCUCUAUCCUCCUUUCCUCCUCUUCAAGUGAGUCUGAUGAAGAUCUAGUAAACCAGCAACAGCAACCACCAGGGGCUGACCCUCUUGCCUCCUCCUCUGAAGAGAUAGGAGGGCCCAUAGCUAUGCGACCACCCUUUAACUUCCGCUAUCAGAGGCGUGACCGCAAGAAACGGCAGGCCCUAAUGGAGAACACAACCUCUCACAACCCCACCUUCCUGUCUGAUUUCCCCAGUGGGUCUUCUCCUUUCCGCUCCUGUCCGGGUCCUGCUCGAUACACCACUGUUUGACUGGCACUGCCAGAGAAGGGGUGGAGCAGUAAACUGCUCCGAUGGCUUGUAAUGAUUUGUGGAAUGUUAUCUCUUCUCCUUGGCCCCUUAAAUUAACUUUCUGCUGCUAGUUUUAUACAUCUCAAGUGGCCAAAGCUUAAACUAUAUUUAAAAAUAGCUUCAAAUAUUUGAACAAUUUGAAUAAAUCUUUGUUUGAACCCCA